AUGCAUUUCUCCGCUGCCACCGCUACCGCCUCCCUUUUCACCUUCUUCUCCCUCGCCUCAGCCGGUGCUGUCCCACCCUACCCAGGCUACAAAGUCAUCUGGGCCGACGAGUUCACCGGUGAAGCCGGUGCUCACCCGAGCUACUCCAAGUGGAACUACGCCGUCAACACGAACACCAACAACGAACUCCAAGCCUACACCACCUCCAACACGAACAUUCAACUCUCCGGCGGUUCCACCGUCCAAUUCGUCCCCCGCAAGGAUCCUGCCACCGGCAAAUGGACCUCCGGCCGUCUCGAGUCCCAAGCGACCUUCACCCCGUCCCCCAACCGCACGACGCUAGUCGAAGCCGCAAUCCGCUUCGGCGACCUCGCCACCUCCCAAAAGAAGGGUCUCUGGCCCGCCUUCUGGAUGCUCGGCGACGCCAUCCACCACGGCACGCCCUGGCCGCGCUGCGGCGAGCUAGACAUCAUGGAGACCAUCAACGGGGCCAUGACGGGGUACGGCACCGUUCACUGCGGCGGGGACGCGAACGACGCUCCCGUCGGCGGUCCUUGCGACGAGCCCGUUGGUAUUCCCAACAAGGUCGACUUGCCCGAUUACGGGUGGCAUACCUGGUCGCUUUCUAUCGACCGCACCAACCCCGGCGGUGACUUCAAUGGGGAGAAGAUCUCUUGGCUGUUGGAUGGCAAGGUGUAUGCCACGCUUACCGGCGCGGAUAUUCAGGAUGAGGGCGUGUGGGCGACGCUCGCCAGAAGUCCGCUGUUCAUCAUUUUGAACUUGGCGGUCGGUGGUGAUUGGCCUGGUGCGCCGGAUGCGAAUACCAAGGAUGGAUUUGGGAAUAUGAUGGAGGUGGAGUAUGUGGCUGUUUUGGAGGCUUAG